AUGGUUACAAUGACAUCCGUCAGUGUGUCCAAGAAACAGAAGGCGACGACUGGAACAGUUAGCGUCGAACAAACUGAUUUGAGCAGCACCAUUGAAUCUGAUGAGCCAGAUAAAAUGAUUAUUGAAGAAUCCAUGAGCUGCAAGAAGAGGAAAGCAGGCCAGCUAAAGCUAGGGACAAAUGCUUCUUUCAAGAAAAUAGAGGGAAGAAUUGAUAGUUCCAUUGAGAAGUUCAAUCCAAUAAUUUCUUUACCGGAGCCAGAAGAUUUGUUUUCUCCAGGAUAUCCAAGUGAGCUUGAUGCAGCUGCAAUCAAGCUGCAGAAAUUUUACAAGAGUUACCGGACCAGGCGAAGCCUUGCAGAUUGUGCUGUUGUAGUUGAGGAGCUAUGGUGGAAGGCAUUGGACUCUGCUGCUCUGAAACGGAGCUCUGUGUCAUUCUUUGAAUCUGAUAAAUCAGAAACUGCCGUGUCAAGAUGGGCGCGGGCUAGGACGAGAGCUGCCAAGGUUGGGAAAGGUUUGUCAAAGGAUGAGAAGGCUCAGAAAUUAGCUCUAAGACAUUGGCUUGAGGCUAUUGAUCCACGCCAUCGAUAUGGACACAAUCUACACAUGUAUUAUGAUAUCUGGUUUAACAGUGGGAGCUCUCAACCUUUUUUCUACUGGUUGGACGUUGGAGAUGGCAAAGAAGAAAAUGUUGAGAAGUGUCCGAGAACUGAUCUGCAGCGUCAGUGCAUCCAAUACCUUGGACCGAAAGAGAGAGAAGCUUAUGAAGUGAUUGUGGAGAGUGGGAAGCUUGUGUACAGGCAAAGUGGGAACCUUGUGAGUACUGCUGAGGGUUCUAAGUGGAUUUUUGUCCUCAGCGCAUCGAGGAAUUUGUACGUUGGGGAGAAGAAGAAAGGCCUUUUCCAGCACUCCUCUUUUGUAUCUGGAGGUGCCACUAUUGCAUCCGGAAGAUUAGUUGCUUGCAAUGGGGUUCUUGAGGCUGUAUGGUGCUACAGCGGCCAUUAUCGCCCGACACAAGAGAGUCUUUUGGAGUUCAUUAGCUUCUUAGAGGAGCAUCAGAUGGACAUGACAGAUGUCAAGACAUGUCCUACAGAUGAUGAUGUUCCACCUUCAUAUGCCACCAAGAAAGAGAUGAACUCAGAGUCUAUAACAAGCACCCUUGAGGAGACUAAAGAAAAUGAGGCUGCUAGAGACACUGAUGCAGCAAAUGAUCACCAUGAACACAAUGUGGAGCCCCCAGAAUUUGUGCUGGGCAGGCCUUUGUCAUGCAAAUGGAGUACUGGGGCCGGCCCUCGAAUCGGGUGUGUAAGAGAUUACCCAGCACAGCUGCAAUCUCAGGCACUUGAGCAGGUCAAUCUGUCACCUAGAGUCACACCAGAAAUCUCUGUUAGCAAUGCUCCAAUCCCUUCACCAAGACCAAGUCCAAAGAUCCACCUCUCACCUAGGCUUGCAUUUAUGGGACUUCCUAGCCCCAAGGUUACAUAA